UACACACACACAGGGAGAAACACACUGCUCCGCUAAAGAUGUGAAAAUGGCGGAGCUACAAAUGCUUCUGGAAGAAGAGAUUCCAGCAGGACGAAGCGCACUACUAGACAGUUUCACGAAUUUGGAAAGAGUCGCGGAGUACUGCGAGAGUAACUAUGUCCAGUCUCCAGACAAACAGAGGGCACUGGAGGAGACCAAAAACUACACCACCCAGUCUUUGGCCAGCGUAGCUUACCUGAUCAACACACUGGCCAACAAUGUCUUGCAGAUGCUGGACAUCCAAGCCUCACAACUCCGCCGCAUGGAGUCCUCCAUCAACCACAUCUCACAGACAGUGGACAUCCACAAAGAGAAGGUAGCACGGAGGGAGAUUGGCAUCCUCACCACCAACAAGAACACAUCCCGCACACACAAGAUCAUCGCCCCAGCCAAUCCUGAGAGGCCUGUGCGCUACAUUCGCAAACCCGUCGACUACAGCAUCUUGGACGACAUGGGCCAUGGAGUCAAGUGGUUGCAAAGGUUUAAGGCCAGCGCUCAGAACAUGAAGACCGGAGGAGGGGGACUCCCUCGCACCAACCCGCCCACGCAGAAGCCCCCCAGUCCGCCCAUGACAGGCAAAGGGACCCUUGGGCGCCACUCCCCCUAUAGGACACUCGAGCCAGUGCGCCCACCCGUUGUCCCUAACGACUACGUCUCAAGCCCGACGCGCAACAUGACGCAACCCCAGCAGAGCCCUGCACGCACAGCAUCUGUUAAUCAGAGGAACCGCACAUACAGCAGUGGGAGCAGUGGCGGCAGCCACCCCAGCAGCAGUCGCAGCAGCAGCCGAGAGAACAGCGGCAGUGGCAGCGUGGGAGUGCCCAUCGCUGUGCCCACUCCAGCCCCGCCCACCGCUUUCCCAGGUUCAGCCCCUGCCCCAUCCAAUUCUACUAAACCUCCCCCCAUUACCUCCAACUCUGCCACUACCCCUGGCCCACCCACCUCGGCCCCAGACAGCCCCCCACAGGCUCUUAACCCCCUUGUAGAGAUCCCGCCUGUACCCCCACCCCCUCCCCAGCUCCCCGCUUCUACGAAUCCCACUGGCACAGGCACUGCUACUUAUGGCAACCCUGCACAAGGUGCCUCUCAGUUCUACAGCAUGAACCGCCCAGUGCAGCAGCAGCCACAGAACCAACAGGUGGGAGGAUCCCUGCCAUACCGCCGACCAUCAUCGGUCUCUGGUCAGCCCAACGUGGCCCAGAACCAGCUCAACGGUGGACCCCAUUUUGCCCAGAACCCAGCAGGCCCGCUUGCUCCCCCGCCCCCCUCAAUGCAGAUCACCCCCCAGCUGCCUCUGAUGGGCUUUGUGGCCCGAGUUCAGGAGACUAUCUCAGACGUGCCGCCCCCACCUCCACCUGCCGAAGAGGCAGUGUUUGAGGAGCCUACGCCUCCGCCUCCACCACCAGAGGACUACGAGGAUGAUGAGGACGAAGAGGAGUCGGCGGUGGUCGAGUACAGCGACCCUUACGCCGAGGAGGACCCACCAUGGGCCCCACGCACUUACUUAGAGAAAGUGGUGGCCAUCUACGACUACAGCCGCGACAAAGAGGACGAGCUUUCGUUCCAGGAGGGCGCGAUCAUCUACGUGAUCAAGAAGAACGAUGACGGCUGGUACGAGGGUGUGAUGAACGGGACCACGGGCCUCUUUCCCGGCAACUACGUCGAAUCCAUCAUGCACUACGCCGACUGAACUUUCCCCUGUCCGAGAGGAAGACGAGCGCGAGGAGCGUUUGAUGAGAAAGGGGAGGAGAGUGAGAGAGAGAGAGAAAAGCCAAGGGUUAUUAAGAUGAAAGACUUUAAUCAGGUACAGUAUGCUCACAGAAGAAAGAGGCAGGGGAAGGAGGGAGCAGUUUUUAAAGAAGUUGCAACAUGAUAAACUGAAGUCCAGUUAUUCUCUCGACAUAGUCGCCAUUGUAAAACAACCACUACUCUAGAUAUAGCCUUCCCUGUAAUAUUUCUUUCUUUGUUUCUUUAUUUGAUUGAGGACUUGAGAAGGUGAUGGAUUUAUUGAAUAUGAAAUGAGAGUUUUGUGUUACAUUAUGAGGCCACUACAUAGAUUUUCUUUGCUUGAUUUUUUUUUUUUACCUCUAUGCCCUUGUUUUAAACCAUAUUUAUUUUGAUUUUGUACUGGAAUAAAUGGUGAGCAGGAAGACAGGGCUGCUGAGAGAGACUUGUCACAUCCCAGCCUCAGAGGAAGGGCUGGAAAAGAGCGUCUUUAUGUGUAGAUUUUCUCCCAAACACUCCAGAGACAUUUUAGUGAAAAAUACACCUCUCUAUAGACAAAGUAUGAUGCAACAACGACCUCCUCAAAUUAUGAAAUAUCAUAGUUUCUGUACUUGACACAACUUUUUGUUAGGUACCUCAGCACGGAGUGUGCCAAAGCUGACCUUUACUAAGAAAAGCACAUCAUAUAUAUCUUAAAGUGACACACUAACAAAGUGGAUUCUCGAAAAGGCAAACAGAAACAGAAUGCUUAAAUUCCGCUUUUUCCUCAAAGUUAAUUUAAUCAUCUAAAAUGUGUUGCGCUGAACACAUCUACGGUUUAUCACAACAUGCUUUCACUUUUCUGUGCUUGCUUCUGGGUCCGGCCUUCAACUAAGAAAGGAAAUUAAAGCAAGACAUCCUUAUGAAAGUCUUACUUAUGAAUAACAGAAGAAAUAUUUUCUGCUUAACUAGCACACUAAUCGUUUGUAGUGUUCAUAUGCACCUUGAGAUGAAGCAUUUUAUUUUAGUGUUUUCCUAAGGGUUUUGCUUGCACGUUUCAUCGAGGAAGAAAAACCUUUCCUUUCUGCGCUACUGGUGAUACAUGUCUUAACACUUUUAGAUAUGGUGUCAUAGUGGCCUUUGUCAAAAAUACUUUGAAAAGAAAAGGCUACAGGUGCACCAAUCCAGUUUAGUUAGCACUCAGGCAAGAAAUCUGCUCUUCACAACGCACAGAUAUUAUUUGCAGGAUUAUUUUCCAGAUUAAGGAAACACACACAGUCCAUGUCUGACAGUAUAAACACAACACACACUACCUUUUAUCCUGUGCUCAGACUGGUAUCCAUGUCCCUCUAGCAGCCAAACUACUGACUAAACAAACAAAUGCAAUAACCAGAUUAUCAAAUAAUGAAUAAGGAAACUGCUUCUUAAGGUGUGGUUUGGUUUUCAAUUUAUUCACCCAUAACUACAAUGGAUGCAUUAGGUCAUUUCUAAGAUGCUUGUGCCAUAUUGAAGUGUGAGUUGUUAUUCAGAGGUUGAAAUGACAUCAUUUGCAAUAAAUUGGCCAGAGAGAGGUGGACUGAUAUUGAUUUAAAAAUCUUUAUUUUCUGUUUUCAUCUGUUUUCCAAAGUUACGUUGAAUCAAAAGCACAUACAUUUGUAGUUUAAAAAAAAAAAAAGAUGUAGAAGAAGAAGAAAUAUAAAUGUGAGAUGUAUUAUGUCCUUAAAACAGGACUUGCUGAAUAUGAAAAGAAGCCAGCUGUUGUGUUGAAAUGGUUUUAACCUUCGCAAGCCCCUAAUAAUUCUAAACGGCGUCAGUUUAGGCACCGUUAGUCCUCCGAACUGUUUCUGAUACGCUUGGAUGUUGGGUGUUUGCGAGGGCUCAGUGCUUGUACUUUAUGUCAGAAUCUUUAUUUUCUAUUAAAAAAAGAAGAAGAAAUAAUAACAAGUGGGACUGUAUGUGAGUCUUGCAUGCCAUUGUUCUUAUCUGUACUGGUGUCCCAAAAACCUGUGUGGCGAGAUCACUCAUUCUUAAAAAGACAAGCAGCCCCUGCAGCUCUGACCAGGUUCCGCCAGCCUCAUCCAAAGAGACUGUACAACUUUACUUCAAGCCCACGUCCGAGGAGGAGUCUGACCUGUGGGGGAGGGCGGAAGGGAGGGACCCAGCUUCCUCCCCCGUCUGUAGCCUUCAUUACUCAUGACAGUGGUGGAAAAAGCCCUAUGUCUAAGCUGCUAGUGAAUCCUGCAGACAAAGAUACCCAACAUGUGGGAGUGAGGGAGGUUAAAUGAUGAUAAACGUAACACUCAAAAUUCACUGCACACAGCUCUACUCUCGUUUUAUAAAAAUAGUAAGGCCUUGUGUCUGCAGGAUUCACAGCCCCAGGAGUCGCAGACUUCCUCGGCAUGUCAAGUUUAACAGUCCAUAAUGCCAUUGUGUUGCACAGUUAAAGUUGAAUUGCAGAAGUAUCAUAUUUGUAAAAUCAUGAGAACAAAUAAAAUUAUGAAGCUUUA